AUGACGAUUCUGUUACGUCCUCUGACGCAAAAGGAGGGAAGCACAGACACAGAAAAGAACACCCUAAGUCAGAAGAAGAGCUUUCAAAGAGAUGAGGGAAGCAGCGAGCAUUCAGGAUUGAGCUCAAUUUUGUAUACGCCCGAAGGUGCUGCAACCGUCCGAGAAAACGCAGAGCCGCUUGAGAAAAGGGGAAUAGCUGAGGGGACUGAAAAGGGGUUGGAAACGGAACGGAAGUCGGGGGGAAAGACCGGAACGGAUACGGAGGCAGAUACGGAAAGCGGCCUGAAAGUGCGAGUAAUUCAAGACGGACUAAAGGGAUCCCUCCACGAAGAACCGGGCUUCGUGCGCUGGCGCGACUGCGUCAUCCUCUUCGGUUCGUUCAACGUCAGCAGGGAGCAAGCCCCGGUUCUAGUUGCCGCGCACUCCUGGUCAAUAGCGCUCGGCAGCACUCGAACCACGAUCUACAACCUGACGACCGGUGACGUCACAACCGGGCCGGAUUUUCGGUGCUCAUGCACCACCCGGCCGCGGCACUUUCCCCCGGGGGGGUGGUCCAUCUCGUCGGGAGCUCCGAUUGGAGCGACAUGA